GGUCACGUGCUCGGCGGCGGCGGCGAGAGCGCGGAGGGGCCUCGCCAACCUGACAGGCCCAGAAUGUCCCUGGCAGCUUAUUGCACCGUUUGUUGUAGAAGAAUAGGAAGUUCUACUUCCUCCUCCAAAAGUGAUCUCCAGUGGAAAGAUAUCCGAAAUAUUGCAAAACUUACAGGAUCAUGUUUUUUAGGGGGCUCUUUGUUUAUCACAUAUGAAAUUUUGGCCCUGAAGAAGGCAGUAACACUAGAUACCCAAAUAGUGGAAAAAGAAAAAUUGAAGUCAUAUAUAUAUGUGGAAACAAUUUCUUUAAAUCCAAGAGAAGAACUGGGAAUCACACUCCAGGCAAGGAAGGAACUUCACCGAGCACUGAGAAAAAUGUUGGCAACACCAGCUAAAAUAUUCCGGAACCCUUUUGAUGGCCAUUUCAGUUCAGCAGAUUUAGAAGAUCACGAAUGUACCUUGUGGCUCCUCCUGAAGAAGAGUCAGUCGGAUGACAGAAUGGUUCGAUUGCAGGCUGUGAAACAAAUGACAGAGAAGAGUAACUGGCAGGAUUACCAAUAUAGGACCAUUGCUCAAGCCUGUGACAUGAGAACUACUAUUGGUUUGGCCCGAAGCAGGGACACUGAUCUUCGCUUUUUCCUGCCACCACCUCAUUUGCCAAAGGAUUACUCCAUCGAAGAGGAACUCCAAAAACUGCUGGCAUCUCUACCCCAGACUGAGCUUGAUCAGUGCAUCCAGUACUUCACAUCUUUGGCUCUGAAGGAAAGCAGUCAGGCCUUAGCAGCCCAGAGGGGUGGCUUGUGGUGUUUCGGAGGCAGUGGACUUCCUUACGCAGAGAGCUUGAGUGAAGUACCUUCAGCAACAGCUGAAAUGUUCUGUUUAGAAGCCCUGGUCAAACAUUCUGAGGUGUCGGCUCACUGCGAUAAAAUUGAAGCAAAUGGAGGCCUGCAGCUACUCCAGAGGAUAUACGAACUUCAUAAGGAGAGCCCCAAAAUCCAGAGAAACAUAGUUCGCAUCAUUGGGAAUAUGGCUUUGCAUGAAAAUCUUCAUUCAGCUAUAGUACGCUCAGGCUGGGUGUCCAUAUUGGCUGAAGCCAUGAAGUCUCCGCAUGUCAUUCAAGCGUCACACGCCGCCAGAGCCCUGGCUAACCUGGACAGGGAAACAGUGCGGGAGAAGUACCUGGAUGGUGUCUUUGUGCUCCAUCCCCAGUGUCGUACCAGUCAGCCUAUUAAAGCAGAUGUCCUCUUUAUUCAUGGCCUUUUGGGAGCAGCAUUCAAAACUUGGCGUCAACAGGACAGUGAUCAAUCACAGAAUGAAAUCAUAUCAGAGGAAGAAGAGGGCUAUACACAAUGUUGGCCUAAGACAUGGCUAGCUACAGACUGCCCUGCUCUUCGGAUUAUAUCUGUGGAGUAUGAUACCCAGCUGAGUGAUUGGAAGGCAAAAUGCCCUGUUGAGAACCACAGGAAGUCCAUUGCUUAUAGAAGCAACGAACUUCUUAACAAACUCAAAGCUGCUGGUGUUGGGGAUAGGCCGGUGAUAUGGAUAUCACACAGUAUGGGAGGACUUCUCGUCAAAAAGAUGCUGGUGGAAGCAUCCAAGAACCCCGAAAUGAACCCCCUCAUAAACAAUACACGAGGAAUCAUUUUCUACAGUGUCCCUCACCAUGGAUCCCAGCUGGCUGAGUACUCGGUCAAUGUUCGCUAUCUUCUCUUUCCCUCGGUUGAAGUCAAAGAACUCAGCAAAGAUUGUCCUGCUCUGAAAGAACUGCAUGAUGACUUUCUGACUUUUGCUCAAGACAGAAACUUCCAAGUCUUAAAUUUUGUGGAGACGUUACCCACUCGAAUCGGGAGCAUGAUUAAACUGCACGUGGUACCAGUGGAAUCAGCAGAUUUGGGCAUCGGAGACCUGAUCCCAGUGGAAGUAAACCAUCUCAAUAUCUGCAAGCCCCAGAAGAAGGACACUUUCUUAUACCAGCGUACUUUGAAGUUCAUCUGUGACUCAUUAGCUAGCGAUCUCAAAAACUGACACCCUCCCCCAUCAACGGCUUCUUUCAUCUCUGCCCCAUCGAACUGUGCAAGUAAGUUCAGCAAAUAUGCCGUUCAGGUGAUCUAGCUGCCUUGCCAUGUGGAGCAGCGCAUCAGAGCUGGAGCCCAAACACAGAUAUGGUAAUAAAGACGCUGACUCCA